CUGAAAUGUACUUUUACAGAUGUGCAAUGGUGCAUUGAUAAGUGGAGGAACUUACAAAGAAAUUACAGGAAUUUCCUCAACAAAGAAAAUCUCCCAAGUGGUUCCGGAGCAAAUAAUCGUGGGCGUCCAAAAUUCGCCUUCGCCCAGCAAAUGUCUUUUUUGAUCGAACACAUUCAACCAAAAGCGACCAAAUCAAACUUCAGUCAACAGGAAAAAUCCCCAGAAUCUUUUAACGGAAGGAGUUCAAGCGAUCGUUUUGCGGGAGAAACACAAUCCUCAAAAUCGUUCCGCGGAUUGACGCAAAGCGAACUCGCUGGAAACGUGAUCGACGUAGAUUACGACGUGUUUCUUCGUGAUACAUUGAAUCUGAGCCCUCCAAAACAGCCUGAAGAACAACCGCAUUGCUCCUACAACCCGCCAAAAGGAUACAAACCUUACGAAAAGGAACUUUCCUCAAGUGAUGACGAUGUCGCUCCAAAGAAGAGCAAAUCAGCUUCUGAUGAAGUUUGCACACAAGAGAAAAUCGACUACGUCGCUGGCGAUUCUGGGAACGAGGGCAACGAAGGACCGACACAACCCCGUAAAACUCAACCCGUCAACCCGAACCGAGGACGUGGAAGAAACAAAAAAACGAAACAAAAUCCAAAACAGUUCCGCAGGCGCGAAGUCGCGAACAUCGAUUCUUCACCAGAGAGACAGGACUUGGAAGAGGGGUUCUACGUGCGGAUGACAGAGGCAGCCAGAUCGAUUACAAAUCGGUUUCAAGGACAGCAGAUCGCGAAAGAAAAGCCAUCAGACCAGGACGCCAUCAUAAAUCAUUUCUGCAAAAUGCAAAAGCAUAUGCUUCGCACCAUAAAUGAAGAUAGCCGGCGAGAGUACAUGCAGCAGUGUACAAACAAAUUAUUUGAUUUAUGUGCGCUGGAAAAGCACAUUUUGUGAUUGACUUUCAAGUCAAAGCUUUUUUACGCGUAUUUAAGUUUAUUUUUUGUACAUCGCCGUUCUUAACUAAUGUUACAUUUUUCCUUGUCGAACUUUCAUGUUAAUCCAUGGAAUAACAUUUAUCACAUUAAACCAAACCUUCAAAGCA